AUGAGCAAAUAUGAUAGCCUCAUCCCCGUGGCCCAGCGGAGUUGGGCAUUGAUCCGCAGUGCGCCGCCGCAAUUCCUCCUGCUCCUGCUCGUAACCAGCUUCUUCACCACCUCAGCCCUGAUCUAUCUCCUCGUCUUCAUAGUAGCACCCUAUCCGCGCCCUCCGCAAAGAUCCGAAAAGACCUACAAGACUAUCCUGCCAGACGGCCAAGUCAGCGAGAACAAGGAGCUACCAUGCUGGCUAGACGGAUGGCGCGCACGGAAAGAGGCGGCGCGGCGGAAAGGCGAAGACUUCAAAGACCUGAACGAGAUUGAGGAUGCGGAGGUCUUCAUGUCGGUUGUGGUGCCCGCGUACAACGAAGUAGAACGGCUGGGCGGCAUGCUCGAGGAGGCCGUCGACUACCUCCAGCGGGAGUACGGCGACGCGCAUGGCUCGGAAGUGGAGUCGCGCUCGCCGUCCAUCUCCGCUGUGUCAAGGAAGUCGAGCGGGCUGUCAAACGGCUCCGCACGCACCGCUCCAGCAUCGACAGGCAGCGUUACCGGCUGGGAGAUCAUAGUCGUGUCCGACGGCUCCACGGACGAUACGGUACAGACAGCAUUGGAUUUCGCACGCGAUCACCAGCUCUCGCAUUAUCCGGUACCUGUUCCGGGCCCACGGACGCCGAAGCCGACGCGGUCGACGCAGAUACCACAUGGCUCCAUCAGAGUCAUCUCGCUGGCUGAGAACAGAGGCAAAGGCGGUGCGGUAACACAUGGCAUGCGGCACGUACGCGGCAAGUACGUUGCUUUCGCCGACGCGGACGGCGCGAGCAGGUUCGAAGAUCUGGGCAAGCUCGUGCGUAAGUGCCAGGACGUACAAGACGAGCUUGGGCGUGGAGUGGCUAUCGGGUCGCGCGCUCAUCUUGUGGGUAGCGAGGCUGUGGUCAAGCGCUCCAAGCUCCGCAACUUCCUCAUGCACGCUUUCCACGUCCUCCUUCGACUUAUGACACCACCAGCUACCUCCGCCAUUGAAGAUACCCAGUGCGGCUUCAAGCUGUUCUCGCGGCCUACGCUCCCCUACAUAAUACCCUUUAUGCAUUCUGAAGGCUGGAUAUUUGACGUGGAGAUGCUCAUGCUUGCGGAAAGCGCCAACAUUGGCAUGGCCGAGGUGGCUGUGGGCUGGAAGGAAGUCAAAGGCAGCAAGCUCAAUGUCAUCUGGGACAGCUUGGGUAUGGCGUGGGGUCUGGCGAUCUUGAGAGUUGCUUGGGCUAUUGGUGUUUAUAGACGGACAUAG